UGUUUUAGUGUUGGUUCGUUAUUUACGUUGAAAACAGCUGCAAAUUGAUAUUUUAUCGUAAAAAAUGUCACUUAAACUCUUGCACAUCGAAACUCCCGAACUACCUUUAUCCAUUCCUCUCCCCGAUGGCUUUGGAUCUUUAGAUAAACUCAAAAUCUCAGCAAAAAUCGCUGCUGACACCGAAUUCGAGAUAAUUUUAAAAGCAAGUUCCGAAGAAAAAAUCGAUUCACGAAUCCCGCUGUGCUUGUGCGUGACAAACAAAGGAAUCGAAUGCAAAACCGGCAAAAAUAAAAAAUGGGAAACAACUUCAACAUUCGAGAAAUCAUUCGACGACGGGGAUUUUCUGCUGUCAAUCACACCGGCAAAGGAUGAAUACGAAAUUCAAUUGAACGACGUCCAUUUUUGCAAUUUUCCUCACAAAUAUCCGGCUUUUACGUCGGAAUUUCUGGAAAUCAAGGCGACGCGAGGCACGUGCGAUGUCAACUUCGUGACUUAUUUGCGCGAAAUGAAGUGGAUUGGAUCUCGCGUGGGUCUGGAAACGCCGGAAAAUGCCCUGAAAUGCGGAAAAGAUGCUGAAAAUAACGAUAUUUAUCUCGGCAGAGGACUGAAAAACAACAAAUUGAUGAUCACGAGCGUCAAUCCGGCUUUGAAGAAGGCAACUGUGGCAACGGAUGGGUUUGAGUACCCGAUGCAUGACUACGAAUUGUUGCAAGACAACAGUUAUUACACGUGGAAGGUCAUUUGUGAUGAAAAAAUCAUCCCCGAGAACGCCGUGGAAGGCGGUUUCAACGAAAAAGGCGAAAAAACGUUCGUUGGGCGAAUAAAAAUCGAAGAAUCCGUUCUUCCGGGGAAUUUGGAAAAGCAAACUGGGAUAUUGAGUGUCCCUUAUGGCGGCAAAGAGAACAAAUAUUCAGCCGAUUAUGAAAUUCUGACGACUUUAGAGCCGAAUGAGGUGCAAAAAAAGACAAAUCCCUUAAAAAUCCACAGCGAAAAUGACAAAAAAGCGACUUUUUCGGAUGAAAAAGAGAAGGAAUGCAUCAUUUGCUUGUCCGCAGACAUCACAACAGCGCUUAUCUCGUGCGGACACUUGAAAUAUUGCCAGAAAUGCGCUGACGAUAUACUCGCGAACGACAAAAGAUGCCCGUUGUGUCGCCAAACUGUCACGUCAUCGAUAAAAAUUUUCUUCUAAGCGCCCAAAUAUGUGAAAAAAAUCAAAAAAUGUCCAAAAUUAAGAUUUAUUGCGGUACAAUUGAAUUGACAUGCCAAUAAAUAAACGUCUUUGAUAGUUAUUAAUGAGCUUGUAAUUCGCUCUUUCUUCCUUCAUCGCACAUUUUACGCAUCAAAAGCUCUUUUUCGACUCCGAAUGCAAUCAAAACUCUCACAAAAUCGAUCAAAUCUGACAAAAAUCAUUAAAUUACUCGCGAGA